UCCGAGCAGAGAACCGGGUACCCUCCCUACCUUGUACCGGAUUAUACUGCAUGGGACUCAUCACAAUAACAACACAACAGUUAAAGAUUCUACAUAUCCGUGAUGAGACAAUACACCACUUCCCGGGACAGGGGAGGCUCCUGCGUGGCCUGCUGCCAAGUUUGCGUUUUCGCGUUUACUGCAUUUCUCAUUGUGGCUGAGCGGACUGCGCUGAUCUACUGUUUCGUGUACUACCUGUGGGUAGGGCAUAACUAUUGCUAUGGCCACUGGGCAGGGCUUACAGCCUUGUUUCUCCUCCCUGGAUGGGGCCCCCAGUUGCUUAGUUGGCUGUGGUACCAGGCAGAUGGACGUAUUUGCAGCAAAGAUCUCAAAUGGACUCACAUCCUGCACCUGGGCAUCUUUAGAAGGUUAUGGGAGACUAUGACAUCCACUGGAGAGGAUCGGUGUAGUGAGAUAAUGCAGCAGGCUGAUGUUUCAGCUCUCCGCCUGUUGGAGGCACUGGUGGUAACUCUGCCACAGACUGUCUUGCAGACAUAUGUCCUCAUCUGUACCGAUGUAGGACUCUCUUCACCAGUGUCAGUGUGUUUUGCGGUGUGCCUGCUGUCCCUGUCCUGGGCCUUAGUGUUGUAUGCCAGAGCCUGUUCCCUCAUCAGACCUGGACAUCUCCCCAUGACCCCUGCUGCUAUUGCCUGUAGACUGCUCUGGAGGGUCAGUAUGUUGGGAGCACGUCUCGCCACCCUCACUCUCUUCACACGCCUGUUCCGCCAGUGGGUACUUGGUGUUAUUGGUCUUCACUGGUUGGGUGCUACGUUCUGGUUGGUGUCGCAGCAUAGUGACAUCAUUAAAACACCAUUGCGCUGGCGCCUGUUCAACCUGGUUCUGGGAGCUGUUCACAUCUUCCUCUUCCUCAACGUCAAAGAUGGAGCCUCCAGAUGCCGCAUGGCCGGCUUCUACUUGGUCAUGUUUAUCGAGAACGCUCUUCUUCUGCUGGCAGGUUCCGACUUCUUCAGUGUUGCAUCAUGGGAUAGCAUGGGUAUCCCAGCCGCCGUGUUCUGUAGUUUCCUCAUUGGAGUGAUAGCUUUAGUCCUGUACUACCGGUUCCUCCACCCUAAGUCCUUUGAGAUCUUCCAGAGCAUACGUCACCAUGGAAUGGGCGGAGCUUGUGCAGUCCGGGGCUCUUCUCUCUCAUUGGAAGAGAAGAGCCAUCGCCACAGUCAACUUGUGGGUGGCGGGAAUCUGUUGGAGCUCCCUAGCCAAUGGCAGGGCUGGAAGCACCACCACUGGUUGCUGAUUCGCCUAGCCAUGAAGACAGGUGAUGUGGCUAGAAUAAGCCAUGCCUAUGUUGAAGGGGGAUUGGUCAGGCUGCUGGGACUAGAGGAAGAGACUCUGCCAAGGUCCCCAGACAUUCCGCAACGUUCUCUCAACGUUCCACAAUCUUCUCCCAUCGUUCCCCAGGUUGACGAGGUCAGACAGGUGGAGGAGGUUAUAAAGGCAGCCCCAGCCAGAGACAUCAUCAGUGAGGUGAGACAGGCAGUGAGACAGGGGGAGGUGAGACAUGUGCUGCCCUCACCCUCUCCCAUCCAGGAAGUCAACCCGCCACUGGUGGAGGUCCUAGUUGAGGAGGUCAGAGUUCACCUCUCUGAGCCCUCCAACCCACAAGACGACUCCAGCCCCCCUCAUUCCAGUCCCCCUCCCUCUGAAGAACGAGAUGAGGAAGACUUCCAGAGCGCAACCUACUGCUCCCCCACACCCUCUUCACCCAAGUACCCAGACUACCGCCACAUCGACAGCAACGUGGUCACCUCGAACACCGAAGGGUCAUCUUCUGCGGGGUCAUUGGAUGCCAGACGUGAUUCGUCUCCAGAGAGAUCACCGUCCCUGCUGUUGGGCAUGGGAAGCCCCCAGCGGAACUUUAACCCCACGGAAUCUGGCACCGCCUUGUACUUCAGCACUGACACAGUCUCCCCAUCCAGUGGCAGUUACCUGGGCUGGGGCUCUGAGCUGUCGCCCAUCUCCACCUACCGGAGACCCUACCGCAUCAGGGAGCCCCUCUUUACCUCCACCCCCAGACAGGAGCCUCGUGCUGUUCCAGAGGAACCAGGUCCUAGCCCCUCUACCACCGCCACCACCACGCACGCUAGAAAACAACUGGUCCAGUUUGUAGACCGUAGAGAAAAAUUGAUCUAAAGGAGGACAAUGGGUGGAGUGAGAUGAUCAGACCUGGUCAAAUACAUGUAAAAUACUCUCAAAUAAUUAUUAAGGUGUAUUUGAUUUAGCUUGACCGGGGUGGAGCUGGGUGGGUGAGGUUUACACUUUCGGGACUAUUUAAUUGGUUCCAUUGUACCACUGUUCCAUUCCAUUCCAAGCUAAAUCAAGUGUACCUGAAGUAUUUAAAAGUAUUUAACAUUAUUGUAUUUGACCCAGGUCUAGAGAUGAUAAAGAACACAAAAUAUAGAGAAUAUGUUACAAGAUAUAUGACGUUAGCCUGAGUGUCAGGCUGGUUCUGUAUUCAACAGUGCUAUUACAAAAUUGUUGUCAUGCCAGAUAACUGGUCUAUUACUAGCCAAGGGCUUAUUGACUAAAUUAGAACCAGCUCGGCACCCAGGUUAGCCAGAUGUGUUUCACACUAAAUAACAAUAGCUUGUCUUGAGUAUCCAUUUUAAUUAGCCGGUGCGAGGUUGUGAAUCCACAUGUAUCUAUCACACACAGACACACUAAUAGAGAAACUGCACUGGAAGUAGUCUUUAGUUAAGGAACAGAGGGAUGUCCUUUUGCUCUUAGGCCCCGAUUCAAUCAAUCACAGAUGAAUGAUAAUGUCCGUGAGAGUAAUGGCGUGUGUGGUGUGUCAGAUUUAACAUGGUUAAAGCCUCUGCUAGAGGAUAUACCAUAGAAAUAUAAUCUAAAACUAGAUUAUAUUUCUAUGACAUAGAAAUUGUGAGUGAACUCUCAGUGUGGUUUACUUCAUGCUAUGGAUUGAAUUAGUGCCAUUAUAAAGCGUUAUGAUUCAUCAUUAGGCUAUGAUAGCUUAAGUUGGGGUUUAUUAAGGUUUGACAGAGAAGAGAGUUUAUAUGUUUGUCUUUGCUUCUUUCUUUCUUGUAUAUAACUGCAAUAAUUUGAGGCAGUUUGCACUUUUAUGAGGUAUUAUGAUAUGAUUGGGAUAAUUGAAGGGGUGCUAAUAGUUAGUCAAUGGAGACGCUCUGAUCACAUGUUAGGUUUUACUCUACUAUUAUAGGCUACUGUAUAUACAUUCAUUAUUAUAGUAUUCAAAUGUGAUAUAUAAUCUAACGGUAACCUAACAAUAAUAGGUAAUGUACGUAAAUACUUUCAUUAUGUGAAAUUUUAACCGAUAUUCUUACUCUUAUUUACAAUUUGUUUACAGCUAGUCCCGACAUGUCAAGCAGACCUUUAAGUCUGAUAGGUACUAGUAUUUAAAUAUAUACAAAAUUAUUCAAAUGUGUUCAGUGUUCAAUUCAUUUCGGUCAGUAUAGGUGCUAUUUCUAAGUCUCGAAUUGACCUCAAAUGGCGAAGAUAUAAGAUCUUUGUGAACCAUUGUCGGGUUCAUUGAGACAGGAGAAAGAUCCAACUAAUCGUAUCUAUUCACGUGGCAUCAAAGCAGACUGUAUCUAUCAGUGUGGAAGUGCCUGAAACAAGCUGCUAGUAGUAUUGAUGAGCUUCCAGAUCCUCUACAGCCUGGUCCUAUUCCUAUCCCUAUCCUAUCCCCCCUAAGGGGCCCUUUGUUCCUAGAAGAAGCUAGGAAGAGAAAUAGAGCUAGGCCAAUCUAGAGGUUAUAGGUCAUGUGCUGCUAUGAAUGUUUGGAGGUCAGUGUUAUCAGAAUGUUGUGUUUUUUACAUUGUUUUUACUGUUGUUUAUUUUUGUUUGAUUGUGUUUAUAGUGAAUUCAGAACUAACUUAGUCCCCAGGCUCAAGAGAGAGAGAGAGAGACAGCUCGGGACGAGAUCAGUUCAGAACUAUUGUUUUAUCUCUGUUGAUAUAAAGGUAAUGUGUGAGCUACCUAGAGCUGAGGAAAAUGGUACUAUUGCAUGCUCGUUCUUAUUUUUACACAGCCUGUCAAAGACAGUGUACUGUAUCAAAUGAUAGAUGUGAAAAGAGAAAUCACUUACACACACAUUGCAUUAACCAGCUUUUAGAAUGUAUGUCCAUGCAAAGUUAAUAUACUAGCUAAUAUAGCCUACUAAUAUCAGUAUGGACUUUUAAAUGUAUCUUGGUGCACAAACACGCUUUAGAAUGCUAUCUCAAUGCCUGGCUUGAUAAUGAAAUAAUCAACGCUUGCCUUGUAGAAACGACAGCAUCAGCUGCAAUGGCUGUCAGUCUCAUUGCCUUAUCUGUAUAUGCUCGUCACAAUGAAUGGAAUGGUGCACUUCAAUUUCCAGCUUCCUGCAUUUGUAUACAUCUUUCUUCUUUUUUUGCCCACAUUUACUGUAUGAAAUGUGUACAGUAGUGUUGUACAGUAGUGUGAUUCACUGUGUUUUGACUCGGUAAAGUUUUGUAUCUGUACUUGACAAUGUAUUAAUAAGAUCUUGUUGUUGUUGUUUUUAUUAUUGUUACACCAGGUGAACGUGAUGCAUCUGAUUGCUUCGUCUAAUGUCGUUAUUCAAAUAAUAUAAUGGUUAUUCAUAAUUGUAUAAAGUACACCUGAAUAAACACGAGCGUUACCACGA